AUGCCUGCCCACCGCACUCGCGAAACAUCCUCCCGAACCCUCGAAGUCUCGACGGACGCGCCACUACCCCCGACAGUCGCCAUCAUUUCCCCGACGCCGCGCGCACUUCACUUUCCUAUCAACUCUCCCGACGUUCGUUUUGCCUCUCCGUCCAGCUCCCCCUUCGAGUUAGAUCACAAACCAUGCACGCCUCCCCCGCCGCGCCCUCUCUCCCCCACUUCCUCCAUCGGCUCCGAAGCCUCCUCCAUUCUCUCCACCCCGUCCGCACGCUCCUCGCAGGCCUCGCACAAGCGGCGUAGAUCGACCGCCAGCGAUAUUGUGGAGCGCCGCCCGAAGAAGGGCGACGAGGACUACAUCAAGCGCCCCGAGAAUGCAUUUAUUCUCUUCCGGCGCAAAUGCUGCGAGGAUCGCCAGGCCAAAGACGAAGCCGAGGAGGCCACAGGGCCUGUAAAGAGGCAGCGUCAGGCAGACCUCUCCAAGACGAUCAGCCAGCAGUGGAAGACCCUCCCAGCAGAGGAGCGCCUCUACUGGGAGGAGCUCGCAAAGGAGAAAAAGAAGGAGCACGAAGCGAUGUACCCCAACUACGUCUAUCGUCCCCAGCGCGUCAAGGACAAGGCAAAGGCAGCAAAGAAGGGAAAGAGUCGCAGGGCGGACGGUGAGCCAGAUACGGAUGCAGAGAGCAGCAUUUCGUUCGUCCUUCCUGUUCCGUCACCACCUCGCAGCCUCAGUCGCGACAGCUUGCCCAUCGGGCGCGCGCAGAACCGCCGCGCAGCGUCUGCGCCAACGCCACCACCGGCAUACCAGACGAUCCAGCUUCCGACUGUGUAUAUGCCGUCGUGUCCUACGUCGCCGUCGCUGAAUCCUCUCGCCAUCCCAAGGAUCAGCCGGCGGCCCACGCACAUUCCCCCGCCCACUGACAGCGACCCUCUCACGCAUUACGAGUACUUACCGCACGAUUCCCUCUUCCCACCGCCGUUCAACCAAUCCGUCCCGUUCGAACCUAACCAGGCGACCGACCAGCUUUUCCAACAAAUGUUCCAGCUGGAGCAGCCUGCGCUAGCGGGCCAGGUCAACGGUCCCAUUUUGCAUUCUCUGAGCAUUCCUAGAGAGCCUUCAAGUUUGCCGCCCAGUCUGAUGUCACCGGCAGAGUCUGUCGCAUCAAGCCAGUUCCUGUCGCCUGUAGAUCAUUUUACGUCGCCCGUGUCGCCAUCGUCGCCGCAGGGUGGGCCGUUCACGCCUGUGGACUCGCUCUCGAUGAUGUCCCUGUCGCUCGCGAACAACGCCUGCGGCCAGCAGAUCGGCGGCAUGCCCGAUAACGCCGGCGAGCUGGCGUACUCGGCCUUCACGUGGCCAGACAGCUCGCUAUGGUCCGCCGAGGACAUGAUGAUCCCGGACGACUUUGACCUCAACUCGAUCCCGCCAAUCGAGCUGGGCCUCUCGCAGUACGACAGCGAGAUGCAGCACCUGUCCGCGCUCUCCGCGUCGGUCGGCAUGUCGCCAGGGUUCGAACUAGAGGGCGGGGACUUUCCCGCGCUGGGUCAAGAGCACGACCUUCACGAAGCGAACCCCGGACACGAUCCGUUCGCGAUAUUUGACGACAUGAACUGGUGA